UUUACUUUGUUCAGACAAGUUCGGAUAAAGUUACAACCUUUUUAGCUUUCCUCUAUCUUCUUUGAUCUCUCGAUUUCGAAUCAAUCUUCUCUUUGUCCAAAAAUGGAAGUUUCAGUGAUUGGAAACCCCCAAGCGAAGAUCUGCAGAGCAGAGUUAGCCUACAGAGAGUUCGGGUUUAGAUUCGGACCGAGAAACAGAGUUAGUUUCUUGACCCACCAAAGCUCGAAAUGGAAGGAGAUCAAGAUCCAAUCCUCUCUUAGGCCUGUCAAAUGCGAAGCCAUCGUCUCCGACCAAGCUCCCUUUCUGAAACCCACUCCAAAAUCCAGAUCGCUCGAGAGCGUGAAACUAUUCGUUGGACUUCCACUAGACACAGUAUCCAACUGCAACAACGUGAACCACUUGAAAGCCAUUACUGCUGGUCUCAAAGCUUUGAAGCUACUUGGCGUAGAAGGAAUCGAGUUACCAAUCUUCUGGGGUGUUGUUGAGAAAGAAGCUCCAGGGAGAUAUGAUUGGUCAGGGUACUUAGCUGUUGCUGAGAUUGUUAAGAAAGUUGGACUCAAGCUUCACGCGUCACUCUCUUUCCAUGGAUCAAAAGACCCGGAGAUAAGCCUUCCUGAAUGGGUUGCAAAGAUCGGUGAAGCUGAGGGAGGAAUCUAUUUUACAGACAGAUAUGGUAAACAGUACAAAGAUUGCUUGUCCUUUGCGGUUGAUGAUGUCCCUGUUCUUGAUGGGAAGACUCCUUUGGAGGUUUAUGGAGGCUUCUGCGAGAGCUUUAAGUCUGCUUUCUCAGACUACAUGGGGAGCACUAUCACGGGAAUCACAUUAGGGUUGGGACCAGACGGUGAGCUAAGAUACCCUUCUCAUCAACACGAGACUAACCUCUCUGGAGCAGGAGAGUUUCAGUGUUAUGAUAAACACAUGCUUUCUGCUCUCAAACACUACGCUGAGUCCACAGGAAACCCUCUUUGGGGACUUGGUGGUCCACAUGACGCUCCUGGUUAUGAUCAACAGCCUCAUUCAACUCCUUUCUUCUCAGACGGAGGGUCAUGGGAGUCUCAGUAUGGUGAUUUCUUCUUGACUUGGUACUCGUCUCUUCUCACCUCUCAUGCAGAGAGAGUCCUCUCUGUUGCUUCAUCUGCGUUCAGUGGGAAUGAAGUGUCUCUAUGUGGGAAGUUACCUCUCUUACACCAAUGGAACAAGCUGAGAUCUCAGCCUUCUGAGUUAACAGCUGGAUUCUACAGCUCUGAUGGUCAUGAUAGGUACGAGGUGAUCGCAGAGAUCUUUGCUAAGAACUCAUGUAGAAUGAUAAUCCCUGGAAUGGAUCUAUCUGAUGAGCAUCAGUCACCUGAAUCACUCUCCAGCCCUGAGUCAUUACUUGCACACAUCAAAACAUCAUGCAAGAAACAAGGAGUGGUUGUUUCGGGACAAAAUUCGUCGGCUUCAGUCCCUGGUGGGUUUGAGAGGAUCGUUGAGAAUCUGAAAGAUGAGAGUGUAGGAGUUGAUCUGUUUACUUACCAGAGAAUGGGAGCGCUUUUCUUCUCUCCGGAGCAUUUCCAUGCUUUCACAGUCUUUGUUAGGAACAUGAAGGAGUUAGAGCUGUCCUCAUAUGAUCAAGCAGUAGAAGGAGAUAAGGCUCAGACAGUGAGCAUAGGUUCAGGGAAUGGUGCAGCUAGUUUGCAAACUGCCUGAUGAAUACAUCCAGAUUCAUUUAUCUACGUAAUUAAAGAAGUCUUAGCAUUUUUAAUAGGUUGUCAUAUUACUGUAAAGUUUAUGCAUAAAUAAUGAAAUAUUGAAGCUAUCUUUUUGUCCCCCAUAUAUAUUGUUUGCACUUUCGGUAUAUGUUGAAUCAUAAAAAUGAAGAA